GGGCAGCGUCGUCUGUUGCUUCAGACGCGAGAAGGAUAAUGAGCAGCUCCCUGAGCCACCAGCAAUGGGAGGCGCAGCUGUCGGGGAUCAUCGAGCGGACGAACGCGAACCUGUCGGCGCUGUCGAGCCGCUACUCGCCGCAGCGGUCCGCCCGGCCCGAGCGGCGCCUCGGCGGCGCCCCGAGCCGCGGCGCGUCGAGCUGGGCGCGCGACUCCUUCGAGGAGCCCGCGCCGCCGUCGGGCCGGCGCCUCGAGGGCGCCCUCGCGGCGACGCCGCGGCGCGGCGCGGCGGGCGCGCUCGACGACGCGACGGUCGAGAGCAUCGUGUCGCGCGUCGUCGAGCGCCUCGGCGGCGCGUGCGCCCCGGCCGGCGGCGGCGACCGCCUGCGCCAGCUCGAGGAGGAGGUCGCCCAGCUGCGCGCGUCGACGACGCACGCGGUCCAGUCCGCGCGCGGCCGCGACAGCGCCGUCGAAGCGCUCGGCCGCGAGUCGCAGAGCCGCAAGGGCGCGUCGUCGAAGAUGAUGGCCUGGCAGGCCGACGCCGAGCAGUGGCGCUCCCGCGUCGACGCGGCCCUCGAGGUCGCCGCGGGCCGCGGCGCCGAGGCCGACGUCGCCGUCCGCGACGUCGCCGCGGCCGUGAAGCGCGCGGCGUCGCGCGCGGCGCCGCGGACGGGUGAUUCGACGUCGCGCGCGGAGCUCGCGGGCGUGCUCGACGCGGCGAAGCAGCGCGCGGCGGCGGCGGCGUCGGCGGCGAUCUCGCCCGUGCAGGCGCGGGUCGAGGGCGAGCUCGAGGCGCUCCGGCGCCAGGUCGCGGCGCUGAGGCUCGCGGCGGGCGACGAUUUGGCGGGCGACGACCGCGCCGCGGCCGCCGCGGCGGCCGCGCCCCUCGAGUUCGCCGUCGAGGCCGCCGUGGCGACGGCCGUCGCCAAGGCCGAGGCGCGCCUCGAGGCGAAGCUCGGCGCGUCCCUCCGCGACGAGCUCCGGGCCGAGGCCGCGGAGAGCUCGCGGCGAACCGCGCGCGACCUCGAGGACGCGCUCGAGGCCCGCGUCGCCGCGCUGCGCAAGGCGGGCGCCCCGGGGGGUCCCGAGGACGACGGGACGGCCGCGGCCGUGGACCGGGCGGUGGCGACGCUCGUCGCCAACGUCGACGCCGCGCGCGAGAGCGUCCGCCGCCUCGACGACAAGACGGCCGAGCUCGAGCGGACCGCGGAGCAGACGUCGAAGCGCCUCGACGCCGACGUCGAGGCCGCGCGCGAGGCCUUCGACGAGCGCCUGUCCGCCGUCGUGCAGCAGACCCACGCCGUGCGCGCGGCCCUGUCCGGCGAGACGGCCGCGGGCCGCGAGCGCUUCGACGGCCUCCGGUCCGAGCUCUACGGCGCGCUCGAGCACCGCGUCGGCGAGCUCCGGGACGACCGCGCGGAGCUGCGGCGGGGCCUGAGCCGCUGCGAGAAGGCGACGAGUGCGCUGACGGAGAAGAUGGGCGUCUGGAAGACGACCGCGCGCGCGUACGCCGAGGACGCGCCGGCCGUGAAGAAGGCCGGCGAUUUGGUCGCCAAGGUCGACAAGGUCGAGCAGAAACUCGAGGCCGUCGACGCCAAGUGCGCGCGCCUGCGGGACCUCGACGAGCGCGCCGCGCGCGACCGGAGCCGCGUCGACCGCCUCGAGCGGUGGCGCGACGGCGACGCGGGCGACGCGCUCGACGCGCUCGCCAAGGGCGAGCUCGGCGGCGGCGACAAAGCGUCGCUCGCCAAGGUCGCCAAGGUCGAGGAGGGCCUCGCGGCGCUCCGCGGGGCCCUCGCGGAGGUCGCGCCCGCGCGGCUCUCCAAGCUCGAACAGCGCGUCUCCGAGAUCCACUCCGCCGCCGAGGACCGCGAGACGCAGCGCCGCGACGCCGCGCGCGACGUCGACGGCGUGCUCGCGGACGUGCGCGACGCGCUGGAGACGCAGCUCACGGCGCUCCGGCGCGGCGUCGACGGCGCGGGCGACGCGGCCGCGCGCGCCGCGGACGACGCGGGCCGCGCGCUCGCGGCCGCGCGCGCGCUCGACGACGUGCCCCCGAAGGUCGACCGGGCCCUGGCGCGCGUCGCGGCCCUCGAGUCCGCGGGCGGCGACGCGCUCUCGCCCCGCGGCGCCGCGCCGGACGGCGCGGCGUUCCGCGGCGGCGACGCCGUCGACGCGGACGCGCGGCGCCUGCUCGCGGACCUCGAGCGGCGCCUCGACGACGGCGACCGCGCGCACCGCGACGACGGCGACCGCCUCCGGUCCACGGGCACGCGCGUGGGCCGCCUCGUCGAGGACUUCUCGACGCUCGCGCUCCGCGUCGACGACGUCUCCGCGGCCGUGCGCCUCGUGUCCGCCAAGGUCCUCGAGCAGGAGCGGAGCGCGUGGCCGCCGCCGCCGCGCGGCGCCGCCGCCGCCGCGCCGCCGCCCGUGCCCGCGGCGGCGGCGCCGGCGCCGGCGCCGACGCCCGUCGCGCCGCCGGCGCGGCCCGAGAGCCCCGCGCGGAGCCCCCGGGGGUCGCCGCCGCGGCACCGCGUCGCCGCGGCCUUCGACCGGGCGUCGCCGCCGUCCGCCGCGGCGUCGCCCGCGGCGUCGCCCGCGGCGUCGCCCGCCGCGUCGCCGCCGCCGGCCGCUUCCUCCCCGCCGCCCGCGGCGUCGCCGCCGCCGGCCGCUUCCUCCCCGCCGCCCGCGGCGUCGCCGCCGGCCGCUUUCUCCCCCCCGCUCGCGUCGUCGCCGCCGCCCGCGUCGUCUCCGCCCGCCGCGGCGCCCGCGCCGAAGCCCCCGUCGCCCGCGCCGGAGCCGGUGGACGUCGCGUACCCGCUGCUCUCGCCCGAGCGGCCCGCGCCGGACGCGUCGUUCACGCCGCUGGACACGGCGCCGACGGGCGCCAUGUACGACGACGACGACGACGACGACGACGACGAGUCGUCCGAGGAGGAGGACGAGUCGCCGGAGCCGUCGCCGGAGCCGUCGCCGGAGCUCCGCGAGGACGAGCCGCCGCGCUUCGAGUCCGUCGCGCCGCCCGACGACUUCGACGAGGCGUCCAUCGGCGGCGACUCGCUCGAGGAGGACCGCGCGUCCAUCGGCGGCGCGUCCCUCGAGGCCGCCGACGACGCGCCGACGCCCGGCGCGUCGUCCUUCUCCGAACCCUUCGCGGACCCCUUCGGCGCGCCGCCCGAGGUCCGGCUCACGCCGGGCAAGGCGCCGCCGCCGGCCGCCGACGACGCGGCCUUCUCGCCGUCGCCCUUCGGCGAGGACCCCUUCGGCGACCCGACGCCGCCCAAGGCCCUCACGCCCUUCGAGCUCGCCAUAUCGCGGCGCAAGGAGGAGGACCCAACGCCGGCGCCGGAGGAGCCCGCGGAGGCGCCGUCGCCGCCGCGGCGCGCGUCGCCCGCGAAGAGCGAGUCCGCCGACGACGAGUCCGUCGACGACGACACGUCGGAGCCCGACGACGACGACGAGUCCGACGACGACGACGACGAGUCCGACGACGCGUCCGACGAGUCCGGGUCGUCGCCCGAGAAGGCGCCGCGGCCCAAGCCGGCGACCGACGACUACCUCUCGCGCUUCCGCAGCCGCCUCCAGACGACGACGGGCGCGUCCACGCCCGCGCGCCGCGCGUCCGCGUCCAGCGCCGACGACGACAGCGACGGCGAGUCGGACUGAGGCCGGAUCCGCGCCCCCCCCCACUUGAUCCCCAGAUAAAACUACGCCACCGCG